AUGAACGACACCUACCACGGCCACGUUCGGACGCCGGCAGAUGCGAUCAAGCUCUUUGAAGCUUGCCGGCUAGGUCUACUGCCUCGGGUUCAGCGAAGAUUGUCAGAAAAGGAGAGACAGUCCAUCAAGUCAGGAUCUGUUUUUGUCUGGGAUGAGCGAGAAGCAGGGAUGAGGAGAUGGACCGAUGGGAAGUCGUGGAGUGCGAGCAGAGUAUCCGGAAGCUUUCUCACAUAUCGAGAGAUGGAAGGCAAGAGAGGUGGAGGUUCUUACGCUACGACACCUCGACGACAACCAGGAAAGACUCCAGAUAGUGGCAGAGGUAGUGACGAAGAUCAGGAGAUGGAUGGUGAUGGGCCGGAUGGAUACAGAUAUAAGCCGGACGGAUUGAUGAAGCAAUCAUUCAGCAUCACCACCUCAACAGGGCAGCAUCUACACCUCAUCAGCUACUACUCUCGACCGCACCCCAAUUCACCAGAGCUCCCCACCCCAACGACCGAUCCAGCACUCCGUCACAUUGUCCCAGUCAAGGGCAUGUACCCAGAGUCAACGGUUCAUGAAGCCCAAGGACCGCCCGUCACUCGAGCACCGAUGCAUAGCCCAUACAUGCAGCCACCCCACCCGCAACAGAUGCAAGCCCAUUCUCCAGGACCACGACCCCAACAAUACCCCCCCUAUCAAGGUUCACAAGGCUAUCCGUGGCCUCCAUCUCCCGCCUUGACACCCCCUUUCAACCACUACGCGGGCGGCUCGAUGUACAAUUCCACACUUCCACCUCCCCCCACUGGAUCCGCUCAUACAUCACCAUACCCCCAACAUAACUCCCACCCAGCAAAUGGAUUCCCACCAAAUCGUGCGAAUCCUCGCCCUCAGCAAACGGCAUAUGACCGACCACCACCGCCUAUGCCAGAAUCCUCCCUACCGCCCCCUCCACAGCACCGAGGGAUGGGCACACCUACAACAACAGCACAGAACACAUUGCCAGUCUACGCACCCAACCCCAGCCCUCGCGUCGCCCAGGCAAGGUUGGUUGCCGAACAACAAGCACAAAUUGCUCAAGGAGCCUUACAAGCUGCUCGCAUGAUAGACCCUCGUAUCACCGGAGAGCAAGUUCAACUACCGCCGGUGCAAGUCAAUGGUGCUCCACGGGCUUCAACUCCGCCGCAGCCCCAGUCAACCUCUCAAUCUAAUACACCGUCGUCUAUCCAUGGCCGGCCGCCGUCUCCAAGAGACACUACACCGAAGACACGGGUCAUAUCACAAGCACAGACUAUCCCAAGCAUCUCGAGCUUAGUCCACGCUACAGACUCAGUGAGUGUUAUGUCGGACAACAAGAGCAACAGCAGCCGCGCUGGUAGCAAGAGCCCUAGGGAAGCUGGCGACUCUCAAAGACCAAAAGAUAUUCCACAUGACAAGUUGAAUAUCAUUGGCGAAGAUAAGAGAGCGAUUCGGGUCCUAGACCGCAAAUUCUGCAUCUAA